AUGUCAGCUCGGUCAUGUGAUCAGCUGUGUCCAAUCACAGCUGAUCACAUGGGACAUGUACACUGAUCAUCAGGGCACUGAUGAUCAGUGUGCCCUGAUGAUCAGUGUAACCCCAGAAGUGCCACCUGUCAAAGUCCAUCAGUGCCAGCUGUCAGUGCCGAUUAGUGCCUUGUGCCAGUGCCUAUCAGUGCCACAUCAAUGCCACAUAUCAGUGCAUACCAGUGCACAUCAAUGCCACAUAUCAGUGCCCAUCUGAGCUGCCUUUCAGUGUCAUCCAUCAGUGCCACCUAUCAAUGCCAAUCAGUGCCACCUAUCAGUGCUGCCAAUCAGUGCCACUUAUCAGUGCCAGUCAGUGCCACCUAUCAGUGUGCAUUAGUGCCACCUAA